UAAUGAUAUGGGCCUGUACGAGUCUGUGCGUUCUGGGGGUUUCCCUGGUUUUAGUAUCGGUGUGACUACUGCGUGCUUCCAUGCUUCAGGUUUCCCGUCUUCCCACAUCCCUGAGUGGGCAUUCAAGUCUCCGCCUAUGAUAGUGGUAUAACGUGGGGCGUUGAGGAUGGCUUCUAUGUUUUCUCUUCUGCACGAGUUCCCGUUUGGGCAGUAGAGGGAAAUAAUGUCUAGGCAGGAAAAAAAGCGGAAAAAAAGAAAAAGAAUCUGAAUAAUGAAAAUCUAAGGCGAUCUAAGAAAAGAUUAUAAAGUUUAAAUUACAGAUUGACAUUAGAAUGACCCUGAUAAUAAUUCUAAAAAUUCUAAAUCAGCAAAUUUCUGUUACCCUUCCAUACAGCCUUGAAUAUCGGUUUGGCUUCAGUAAAGUAAAACAUAAAUAAACAUCGCAUGAUUACCUUCAUACCGCUUUCCAUAAACAUAUUCAAGGAUUUGUUUAUUAUCUUCAAAUAGACAAACGUCGUUCAUCAUUUGCUUUUUGUCGGCUUGAUCAUCAAAAUUGAAAGAAAAGUAGAGACAUAAUGAUAAACUAAAGCAAUAUAUGACUAGGAAAUCCCUAUAGCCUAACACGAGAACUGGGACAGGGUGACUUAUUUGGGAAAACAGAAAGAAACAUGUGUCGCUCUAUAUUGUUCCACUUCGUUAUUCGUCCUUGAGCGCGAAACAUUAAAAAGGGACGCAAAUAAAACCUGCAACAUGGAAUCUGUAUUUGCGAAUAGACUUUAGAAAAUAUUCCCCCUAAGGAAAAUUAUAUGGUAUGUCGCCAAAGAAUAGUAAGAAAAUAUUAUGCUCGGAUGCUUCAUGUAUCGUAAGCUUACAGGCACACAUAUUAUUUAUGUUCCGCUGAGACUGAAAGGGCUUAAAGUAAGAACUGUGUCAUUGGAAACUUUGACUCACUGUGGGCUUAGUGAAUACCGCGGAUUAGAAACAAAAAAAAUUAUUUUGCAAAACCUUAAACGACCUUUUAGUACCGCAUGCUUGGUGUUGUGUACCUUUUGGCCUUGUGGAAUCAAGAGGCUAUGGAUUGCGCUGCAUAAAAAGAUUGCCGGAUUCUUCCUAUAUAACAGCGCCGAACAACUAAGAGGAUGCAUCAGUUCAUCAAACAGCACCAUCCCAAAUCCAGCACCAUGUCUUCAGCUUUGACCCUAGCCAUAUUUUAUGCAAUCUUGUCUAUCGUCUGUGGAGCAUCAAUUUCAUCAAAGGACGUUAGUGAUACUAAUAAAAAGUGCGAAAUAAGUCGGCAUCCGUACACAAUGGCAGAUUUUAGUAGCGGCCAAUGCGACGCGUAUAUUCGUUGUGAGGGAAUGAGCGGUGAAAUGAGCUUCGAACUCUGUGAGGACGGGCUUGUAUAUGGAGAUCUUUGUGACAUGCCCCAGCGAGUAAACUGUACUGGCCGUGAUCGUCUCCAGCCACCGAAAGGGUCAGGCAACUGUCCAAGACUCAACGGACUCUACGCCCAUAUGGAAUUUUGUGACCAGUACUAUUACUGCCGCAUGGGCAUUCCCCUACUCAUCACCUGUCCAGCUGGUCUCGUCUACGACGUCAAGACGGGAGUGUGUGAAUUCCCCGACGAGGCUCAACGCCCAGGAUGCAUGCCGGAAGAGGUCUUAGGCUUCGUUUGCCCACCCAUCACGAACACUACGCAGCUGACAUUCGGCGAUCACUUGCGCUUCCCCAAAAAAGACGAUUGCCGCUACUUUUUCAAGUGCCUAAAGAACGGCUACCCUCGCCUUGGCGGAUGUGAAUACGGAAACGUUUUCAACCCGAUUAACGGAUCUUGCGACAUUCCUAAAAAUGUCAAAGGUUGCGAAAAGUACUACGAUGAAGAGGAAUAACGACGAAGAAUCAUGUUUAGUUUAGAUUUAUAUACAAUAUCCGAAUAUCCGUCUGCAACUCUGCAUCUCGUAUCACAAUGAUCAAAAAUUUGUGUUCAAAUUAUCCAUUGUAAAAAGAAUGUGUCUUUUUUAAAUUCCGUAUGCUUAGAACCGGUACUGAAUUUUCAAUUGAAUCAUCAUGUAUAGUAUACAUGCCUGUGUGAUAAGAGGGGUACCACUACCACAUGAAUGACAUACACAUAUAAAUUUUUAAAAUUCA